AUGAGAACUAUCGCAGCACUUCUGCUCGUCACCUUUUAUGUCUACGCUCAACAGCCACAAUUUGCACUUCCCAGGCUCCCAAAGGAACUACCACCAGGCUUCGCAGAGGUUCUUCCGCAAGAUGUGAUCAUGAGACUCCGAGCUGUACACGAAGAUCCUAAUUUGACGGCCGAACAACAACAUGAACAAAUCGAUCAGAUCAUGUCCUCACUUCCGGAGGAGCUGAUCGAGAAACUACCGCAACCACCCGGCUUCGAGAAUCUUCCACAGAGCACUCGUCAACAAUUGAAAGCCAUUCAUCACGACAAGACGAUCAACUGGCGUCAACGUCACGAGAAAAUCCGAGCUGUACUCGAAGCUGUACCACCUCAUCUUCGCCCACAAAUGCCACCUCCACCCCCACUUAGGGGAGCUAGAGCAUUCCGCGCCCCCAACUUUGUCAUCUAA